CUCUACGUCAUUAACGCAGGUUGCCUGGGGAGCGAAAAGCGCCAUGCAGACUUGAGCAGCAGCGAUGUGAGAGGAUGGAGCGGGUUCAGAGACAUCUAUAUAUGUAAAUUUAUUUAUUCAUAUAAUAAUAUACACAGCUUUGUGUUUGGGGUGGUCGCGGUGGUGUUUGGUGUAGCAUCGAAGUCCCUAUGCGGAGGUGAAGCAGCGGCCAGCAGCCAUGGCUCAGCCGCAGCAGCGGGUGGUUCAGCUGUCGGCGGCCGCGCUCGCGGUGGUACUGCAGAAGGAGGACGGCGGUGGCGACGACGCGUCGUGCAGCAGCGCCAGCAGCGGCCACGAGGUUUUCAUGGAGUUUAAGUGCCAAAAUCUGCGCAGCUUCUGGAAUAAAAGGCUCGUGAAGGCCAUGUCCGAAAUUUACUUCCAGGGCUGGAUGGAAAAUUCAGUGCUGCUCAUUCAAGGAAGUGGAACCAAUUUGGAGGUGCUGAGGGAAGCGUGGAUGCGCAGAGCUCUCAGGUCACCCAAGGGAUUCACCAUCAAAGCAGUGGGUGAUUUAUCUCCAGUACAGAUGUCACCUAUCUCUCAGUCGCAGUUCAUUCCACUGUCUGAGGUCCUAUGCUCAGUCAUAUCAGACAUGAAUGUUGCUCACGUUGUGGUCAACCAAGAAGCACUAAUUAAUCAUAUGAUGAAGGCCCAUCCAGGAAUGGCCAUUCCCACUCAAGAUAUUCUCUACAAUGCUCUGGGAGCUCUCAUUAAAGAAAGGAAAAUUUAUCACACUGGAGAGGGCUACUUCAUUGUUACACCUCAAACAUACUUUAUCACCAACAACUUGGCAAAGGAGAAGAACUGGUGGACAAAUGACAAUGACCAACACUCUCCUCCUCCUAUAACAUACUUGAUGAGCAAUGAGACCUGCAUGGAUGCUUCUACCGAAGUACCCAUUAUGCCUCAUUGUAAGUCCUGUAGUUGCUUCACACCUCAAAUAACUGCUCCUCCUUCUGUCCAAGAGCAGUCUAUUAGCAUAAGUGAAUGCACUGGGAAAAGCCUUAAGUGGCCCAGAGAAUCCAAGCCAACUGUUCAGCACCAGUCCACAUCUACAGCAGCAGACUACCAGGCUAGUGAAAUCAGCAAGUCUACCGUCACUAGCCGCAAGGACAAGGAAAAACCCGGACGCAAGUUUGGCCUCAGCUUGUUUCGGCGCAACACAGGGAAAAAGGAAAACAAGCUAAAGAAGGAAUAUGCCACUUUCUCUGGACAGUUUCCACCUGAGGAAUGGCCAGUCAGGGAUGAGGAUGAUCUUAAUAACCUUCCUAGAGAUUUGGAGCAUGCUAUAAUUAAACGGAUCAACCCUGAGCUAACUGUUGAUAACCUUGUCCGUCAUACAGUCCUGAUGAAAAAAAUGGAAGAGAAGGCAGCUAGAGUGACAAAAGCCCUGACUACUGACAAAGGCAUGUCCACAGAUAUCCUGCUUCCUAAGCAGAGACACCAUUCAGCUAAACCUCCUGCAAGAAGAUCAGCCUCUAAGGCCAUUCGGAGUAAGAGAAGAGGUCCCUCAGCAAAAGAGAAACAGAGGACAAAGAGUAAGGAUGCUCCAUGUGAUGAGAAUUUACAGGGAGAUGAUCUCAUCCCAUCUCGCCUCAGGCCUGAAUUAGUCCUAAACGAGCCUGACCAUCACGAGAACUGCACAGAUUUGGAUGCAAAAUUUGUCUAUAAGAAACGCAUAGAGGAUCCUUUUCAGCCGUUGCUAGGAUGUGAUACAACCGUCAAUCAUAAAGAACAAAGGAGGAGAGAAGCCAAGACUUCUAGUCGACGAGAGCGAGCAGGCCACCGAUCAAAGUCCUGGGACCCUCACCAUGUGAAAGAGGCCACUGAAGAGCUACAGAAAGCCUGCAUGCUGUUUGACAGGUCAUGUGAACAGCUUCAUGAAAGAGGGCUCAAUUUGGACUCCGCCAUAGAUACUAAAACAAUCCAAGAACUUCCUGGAGACUACAGCUCUUUCUACCCUGAGAACACCACACUGAGGAUAGAAGAUAAAGUCAAACAGAAAGGAAGAGAGUUCAGUGAUGGGAGAGCGAAGCAAACAAUACAGAUUUUACAAGAAAGAGAUUUAAAAGACAUUCCUGAACAAAGGCUUGGUACAGACUUUGCUUCACUAUCAUACAAAGCAACAGAAUUACCCGCGUCAUGGUCCAAGCCUACAGUUCGGUGUAGACUGUCUCUUCAUCUACUUAACAGUAAGGAGGAAUCUGAGCACUGUCCUGACCUCCUCUCCUCACAUCAUCAAACUGGCAGCAUAGCAAGCAGUGUGAACAAUGAGAAGAGGGUACAAAGAAACACAAACAGAGCAGACAGUGAAGUACACACCGAUGCAGAACAGCUCAUUUAUCAGAACACUGAAGAUGAUGACGAUGGAUGUAGCUCUCUCUGCCUGAAUGAGGACCAUGCCAAUGAGUUAGUUCAUGCUGGCACAUCCCGCUGUCGUGAGCCAGUGUGUUUCGAUGCAAACUGGGACAGCUCUUUUAUAGAAGAAAACAUAUUAACUCUUCAGCAAGACACCAAACGCGCCACACAAAGACCUCAUGAAUACAGGUGGCCUCAAACUGAACACAAGCCUGGUUUGUCCCACAUACCAGAAGACGGCAGCCCUGGAGAAAACCUGCAACAUGCGAAUGAGAAACUGAGUCAGCCCAGCCCAGGACAUUCUGACCCCACUGAUACCCUGGACAUCAGUAUCUUUGAUUACAGUCAGAUGAGUGAGAGGGGCUCUGAUACUGAAACAGUACAAAAGUCUGCAGAUGAAGACGAUGACCAAACCAGCCACUGGGUUUGUCACUCACAGGACUAUAACCAAAUUCAGUCAGUGGCCGCUGAUAAACUGCAGCCUGCAAAUCCGAGUCGCUGUGAUGGUACUGGAGCUUGUACAGGUGAAACAGCCGAGAAUCAAAGCAAUACAGCAGACAGUGGGAUCGACUCUCCAAGAAUACGCAUGAGUCUUAUGUCCCCUAACUCUGUGAUACUGAAAGGGCUGAAACGGCAUAGUUUCCUGGAGAACCUUGAAAAGCUCCACUCCAAAACCAACGGCAUUCAUCCUCAAAGUUCCUUGCUCCAGCUCACACCUGUCAUGAAUGUGUGAACAGCUGGGUGUGGAUUCACACGCGGUGCUUUGAGCUCAUUAAUUUACUUCUGUAUAAAUGUGUGUAUUUAUAGUUAUUACAUGUAAAUACUUUUGUUAAUACAAUAUUGAAUCGUACGUGUGAUAUUGGGGUAACUGGACUACUGAGGUAGGGGUUUUCUUUUUCUUAUUAGCUAUUUCAGUACUAAGACACUCUGUUUAUAAAGAGGGUGGUGUUAGUUCAAUUAAUCCUUUACACUUCAAAAUCAAAAUAUGAAAACCUUUGUAAACUGAGAAAAAUAAAAAUGUUUACUGAGCGA